GCGGCUUUCCCGGCCUGCUUUGAGCGCUGGCGUCGUUGGCCACGUCCCCGGGCCACGUAGCUGCUUCUCGCCAUUUUUCCAGCCUGUAAGCCGCUCGCUUGCAAGAAGACACAGCUUGAGUCGCCGCACCAAGUCGCAGUCUGACACCAGUCGCGGUGAAGAAGAAGCCUCGCAAACACCGCGCGGUGUGACACAGAGAGAAAGAGAAAGAAGCCGUGAGGCGCUGAUCAUUGUUUUCUGCCCUCCAUCUCAGCUGGAGCCGCCGACCCAGUGACUUGAGUUGCCCGCUUCAACCACUUGGCAGCAUGAACAUCUUCAGGCUCACCGGCGAUCUCUCGCACCUUGCGGCCAUCAUCAUCCUGCUGCUGAAGAUCUGGAAGAGCAGGUCGUGUGCAGGCAUUUCUGGGAAGAGCCAGGUCCUUUUUGCACUGGUGUUCACUACCCGCUAUUUGGAUCUCUUCACCUCUUUCAUUUCCUUCUACAACACUAUUAUGAAGGUGAUUUACAUUGGCUGCGCGUAUGCCACAGUCUACCUGAUCUACAUGAAGUUCAAGGCAACCUAUGAUGGCAACCACGACACCUUUAGGAUUGAGUUCCUGGUGGUCCCUGUGGCUGGUUUAUCUUUCCUCGUCAACCAUGACUUUUCUCCACUUGAGAUCCUGUGGACCUUCUCCAUUUAUCUGGAGUCGGUGGCCAUCUUGCCGCAGCUGUUCAUGAUCAGCAAGACUGGAGAGGCCGAGACCAUCACCACCCACUACCUGUUCUUCCUGGGUCUCUACCGAGCACUGUAUCUGUUUAACUGGAUCUGGCGUUUCUGUUUCGAGGGCUUCUUUGACCUCAUUGCCAUUGUGGCAGGUGUGGUGCAGACUGUCCUCUAUUGUGACUUCUUCUACCUGUAUGUCACAAAAGUACUUAAAGGAAAGAAGCUGAGUUUACCUGCCUAAGUGCCAAAGAAGAGCCGCAGCGCAGCCUGCCCUGGGAGCCGCCGGGGCAGAAGCGACCUUUGCCACAUGCUAGUGUAAGAUGCGUCAGACAGAGCAAGCAGAAUGAACCUCCACCACCCGUGUACACCUCGGUUUUAUGACGGCCGACUCCUGACCCACCCGGAGGGCAUUUCCCUCCACCUCGGGACUUCUGUUUUAUGCAUCUUGCCUCACUUUUUUUUUUUUUUUUAUUUCUCCGUGUAAAGAGUCCAGUUUUUCUACCUAAACAAGUGUACUCCUGAGUGACUUUUUCAGAUGAAUUGAUUGUUUGGGGGUCAAUAAAAACAAAAGAAAAAGGAA